AUGGACGAUGAGCAAGAUCGGUUGUUGCCUAUUGCCAAUGUGGGUCGAGUGAUGAAGCAACAACUGCCACCAACUGCAAGGAUUUCAAAAGAAGCUAAGCGAAGAAUGCAAGAAUGUGCAACAGAAUUUGUAAGUUUUGUAACUGGUGAGGCAUCUAGCAAGUGUCAAAAGGACCAUCGCAAGAUAGUGAACGGAGAUGAUGUUUGUUGGGCUCUCAGUUCUCUAGGGUUUGAUGACUGUGCUGAGGCUACAGUAAGGUAUUUGCAUAAAUAUAGGGAAGCUGCAGAAAGAGAGAAAGCUACAGACAGUACUGUCGACAGGGACAAAGUUGAAGAAUCCAGCCAUGAAAGUAGCCCCCAAGCACCGCAGAAAACUGCCCAGAAUCCUGAACCAACAUUAGAGUUCAGGUUUCUUUAA